AUGUCCUCUCCUUUGUGGGCAUCUUUUCAUGUUCAUAUGCAUAUGUUUGAAAGAGAGAGUAUACGAGCUGGGUGCUGUAUAUUUGACGUUGUUCAACAGUUAAGCCUUCAAGAUGUUCAGUCUAUUCAGAAAGCAGUUGAUCCAAGUCUUUUCAUUCAUCGGUUUGCAAAUAGGUUGUUAGGACAGACCGAUGUCAAUGUUGAAACGACUGCACUUAAAAUUAUUGCUAGCAUGAAGCGUGACUGGAUGCAGACGGGAAGAAAACCGAGUGGGCUAUGUGGUGCAGCAUUAUACAUAUCAGCAAUUUCACAUGGCUAUAGUUAUACUAAAUCACACAUUGUAAAAGUUGUUCACAUCUGUGAAGCAACAUUGACGAAGCGAUUGAUCGAGUUUGAAAAUACAGAAUCAGGAAGCCUGACGAUUGAUGAGUUCACCCAAAAAGCAGAAAAACAUGAAGCGGAGCUUAGGUCACUGGGCCAAACCACCACUGGCAUCAAAUCCUCCGAUAAGAGUGAAGUUCUUUGUAAGCACAAGGGUGAACUGACAUUUGCUCAUGGACUCUGUCGAGAAUGUUAUGCAGAAUUCAUGAAUUUUUCUGGAGGAUUGGAUGGAGAAUCAGAACCUCCAGCUUUUCAGCGCGCACAACAUGAAAGAAUGGAGAAAGAGUACGCUGAGAAAAACGCUGUUGACUCGAGUUGUGAUCACAUGGCUAUCCAGGGGCAGAACAGUAACUAUGUAAAAUAUGAUAAAAGAUCAGAGAUCCCAGGGGAAAGUAGAGAUGAAAAUCUGCACUCUUCAGAGGAUGUUAAUGCUGGGGGUGCUACCAAGGAAGUGCCCAUUGAUGAUGCUAGUUAUAGCAAAUUACAGGGUGCUGAUUAUAUUAGUGCUGAAUCACCUUCAUCAGAAACCCUGUCUGAUAUUGAAGAUCUUGAGGUAGAUAACUACAUUCACACUGCAGAGGAGACGCAGUACAAGAAGAUCAUCUGGGAAGAGUUGAAUAGAGAAUAUGUUGAGGAACAACUAGCCAAGGAAGCUGCUGCAGCUGCUGCAAAGGAGGCGUAUGAGGCACAUUUGCGGAAUUGUCCAGAGGACAUGGAGGAUGCUAGAAAGCUUGCUGCAGAAGUUGCAGCAGCCAUGGAACAAUCGAAAAAGGAAAGACGACAAAAAAGAGCAGCAGAGGCUAAAAAUGCAGCUCCUCCUCGAACUGCUGCAGAAGCAACCCGCCAAAUGCUAGCCAAGAAGAAGCUUGACUCGAAGAUCAACUAUGAUGUGUUGGACGAACUUUUUAAUGACUCGGUUUCUCCAGAUAACAAGAAAAGCCGUCUAAAUGAUGAGGUGUACGCCAGUGGAACAGAAUACGUGAAGCAGAAUAUGAAGGAAAAUGACUCUGAACUGCUUCCAGAAAACGAGAAUGAAGGUGGACCAGAGGAAUUUUCUGAGGGCUUGCAAUAUGGUAAUGAAGAAGACUACAUUGAUGAUUAUGGAUAUGAUGAGGAAUAUUAGAAUGAUUGAAAUACCCAUUCUUUCAUCUAUAAUAAAGUUGGACUUGGACGACAACAAAUACGUAGAUGGCAGCGAGAUUUUAACUGUUGUACAUCGUUUCUAUAUAGCAGCUUUAGUGAAUCAUCUGAAAUUCAUUAUUUUAUGCAAAAGAUAAUAAAUGCACCAUUAGAGAUGCUCUCUAUAUUUACUAUUAUUUAGUCAAAUUUCAGAUCUGAGAUGACCACAACUAUUUGUAUUGUUUCAGGUGGCCUUAAUUUCUGUAAUCUGCGCGUGAAAGCAUUGUAACAAAUCAUUAUGAUAAUUUUAUUUUAUUUUUGAUAUUUGACCAAAUACAUUAUUUGCUUCGA